AUGGAACCAGGGAAUCAAACAAGCACUUCAGAAUUUUUCCUCCUGGGAUUUUCCCAGGACUCAGAGCAUCAGCCAAUCCUAUUUGGAAUAUUCCUGUCCAUGUUUGUGGUCACUGUGCUGGGAAAUCUGCUCAUCAUCCUGGCCAUCAUCUCUGACUCUCACCUCCACACCCCUAUGUACUUCUUCCUCUCCAACCUGUCCUUGGCUGACAUCUGUUUCACCUCUACCACCAUCCCAAAGAUGCUGGUGAACAUCCAGACCAAGAGCAAAUCCAUCACCUAUGCAGGCUGCAUCACUCAGAUGUAUUUUUUCAUGGUGUUUGGAGGCAUGGACACAUUUCUUCUGACUGUGAUGGCCUAUGACCGGUUUAUAGCCAUCUGUCACCCCCUGCACUACCCAGUCAUCAUGAACUCCCAUUUCUGUGGUCUUCUGGUUCUAGUGUCCUGGUUCAUCAGCUUAAUGUGCUCCCUAAUACAGAGUUUGUUGAUACUGCGGCUCUCCUUCUGCACCAAUUGGAUAAUUCAACACUUUUACUGUGAACUUGCUCAGGCCCUCAUGAUUGCCUGCUCCAACACACUCAUCAACUACAUCCUUCUAUAUAUGGUGACAGGCCUUCUUGGCAUUGUUCCCUUCUCAGGGAUAUUUUUCUCCUACACUCGAAUUGUUUCCUCUAUCUUGAGAAUCCCAUCAGUUGAUGGGAAGUAUAAAGCAUUUUCCACCUGUGGGUCUCACCUGUCUGUGGUUUCUUUGUUCUAUGGAACAGGCAUUGGUGUCUAUAUCAGUUCAGGAGCAUCACACUUUUCCUGGAAGGGCAUGAUCACAUCAGUGAUGUACACCUUGGUCACUCCCAUGCUGAACCCCUUCAUCUACAGCCUGAGGAACAGAGACAUCAAGAGAGCUCUACAAAAACUUCUCAGGAGAACUUUUUGUGUUCAGUGA